CCCUCGACGGCGGUCGGUACUUCAGGAAGAAAGCGAAAUUAUCAGGUUUAGGCAGCAAAAAGGCAGCGUUUUAUUCGCACAAAAGUUUCUCCAGUCAGUGCAGUUUUCUGCUAAGGACACGUGUGCGUAGUGAUGAGAAAAGUUUGAGCGGAAAAGAAGGAGGAACUUUCACGCGACUCGCGCGAGUGAUUAAAAGAUGGCAAAGCUAAUCACAAUCUCAAUUAUGAAGUUGGCGGUUUUAACUGGUCUGCUAAAAUUGUCCUUUGCGACCACGAUGGGUCUGCAGCUGGGCAGUGAUGAGAAUGGCAUAUCGUCCGGUGCAACUAGUCGACCUCCAGCGUACUUUGAGAUGAUCAACGACUACGAUCGAGCAGAGGAAGGAAGCAGCAGCAACAGCGGGGAGUUAGUGCCCGUACCGUACGGGCCCCUUGCCCAAACCAGCGAUCGGCGGAGUGUCGUCGAGUGCGGUGGAGUGUACAAGCGGUUACAGAGUGAAAUCCGUUCGCCCGGUUAUCCCGAUGGCUAUCAGACGCUUCUGCACUGCGAGUACACCUUCAAGUCACCGUUCGUGUGCAGCAGUCAGUAUCAUUUUCAGUUUCUGGACUUUUCUCUCGAACCAUCGCGUAACUGCAGCAAGGAUAGGCUCGUCAUUGGCGAGGAGGAAGUGCUCUGUGGCACGGUUAUCGGUUCGAAGCUGUACGAUGCUCCCGGUGGUCUGUUGAGGAUGAAGUUCGUCACGGAUGGAUGGCGUUCGGAGCGUGGAUUCCGGAUACUGGUCACUAGGCAACCGUGCAGCGAUGACAACGAGGCGGAAGAGUCCUCCACGGCCUACACCGUUUUUAGUACGAUUCAGGUGGCGGAGGAAGGGACGGAAUCGAGCGGGGAAGAGACAACAACCGUUGAGCCGGAGGGCGGGCACCAUCGGAAGGUAGUGAGCAGUCGGCAGGACAUUCCGCCGGAGUUUAAUCCCGGUGGCAAUGGAUAUCUGCCUCCUCCGACGAUGCAACCGACUUAUCCAACGCCGGGCUAUCCGACUCCGAUGAAUCCUUCUCCCCCUCUGGGUUAUCCGUGUCCGGCACCAUGUUUGUUCCCUUCGUGGGGCUGUUCGUCACCAAACUACCCUCCGCGAGUUCCCUGCGAUCCAAGAUAUCAGACAUGUCCACCGCUGUUCCCUGGAUAUCCUUCGUAUCCUCAGCAACCAUCACCGAGCUACCCUUCGUAUCCACAGCAACCACAACCAUCGUAUCCUUCCUACCCUCAGCAACCCUCUUAUCCUUCGUUUCCUCAAUUCCCGGGAUGCACCGGAAAUCCUUGUGUCCCAGGGACGCAAUAUCCGACCCCGUACUACCCCGGCUAUCCACAGCAACCUGGCACAGAAGGAACCAACUCGAUCGGUGGACCACCGCCCGGUUUCGAACCAGUUAAAUCCGAAUCAGAGGCCGAGUUUCCGGAACCCACAACCGAACGAGCGCCGCGUGAACCCGAACCACAGAGCCAAGUUUCGUUCGUCCCUGGGCUCGGUCCAUCGGCCUGCUGCCGGAACGCGUUCAGUCAACGGAGAUUCUAUCUGGCCAGUGCCAAUUUCCCGUCACAGUUCACAACCAACCAGGACUGUGUGGUGCAGAUACAGCGUCACUCACCCUUCGUUUGCCGUUUGGUGAUCCAUUUCAAGUUCUUCGCAUUCGGUAACGAUCAAUUCCCGGCCUGUCCCGGUGGGUUUGUCGAGAUCGAUGGGCGACGCAUUUGUGGAUGCCGAACGGGGCAAACCUAUCGGACGGUGGACUUUGGUCCGUACGCUUCCAAAACGAUUCGCAUUCACUCCGAUGCUGGGCGGUUUCCCGGUGUGCAAGGAUUUCUGCUCGACAUCUACCAGGAAGAGUGUCAACAGGGAGGUCCUUUGAAGCGUAGCGAUGAGGAUCGUUUAGUUCAGCGGCAUGUGCCACCGGUGGGGGAAAGGUAUGAGAUGGGUCGUGUGGAAGGAAGAGUACUACACGUUCCCGUGAAGACAGUGGAGACAACCAACAGUACGACCACUCGGCAGACGACACAUCAGUACUACUUCUACGAUAUGAACGAUGCACAGCCAGUACAGAAGCCCCAGGAGCCAGUAGGUGCCGGAACGUUCCUGACGCCAGUAUACCAGCGACCUGGCGCUGGUUUGGAGAAGUUUGUUCAACCUGGCUACGCUCCGCCGCAGCUUGUCGGUGGUGGUGGCAAUCGAUGCGUGUUCACGACAGCUGAUUGGUUACGUCUGAAGCUUGACUGGCUGUGGAUCUUUAAGCCCGUUUGCUUGGUUUAAUUAAGGGUUUGGAGCACGUUGGAGUGAAUGUAAUUGUAACACGAUAAGA